AUGGCGACACCGAGUACAGUGAGCUCGCCGAGCUCAAACUCUCGCCUUCCAACCAGUGUACCGAGCUCGCCGCCUGAGACAAACGACGAUCUCGAAGGCGCAGACGAUGCGCUUGUGAAAGAGGAACAGGAAGCGCGUGCAGAAAAUGAGAAAAAUGAAGAGAAACGCCGUCAGGCUCUUCUUAAGAAGAAGAAAAAGAAGAAGGCGGAGACUAAGUCUGAGCGAGAGGCCAAGGCUAGAGAAUUGGACGACUUGCUCGCUAAGUCAGCUGCCUUCUCGGACAUUCUCACCAAGAAGACCCAAGUUCUGGGUCGUGUGGGGAGUAGCCUUGAUGGAACGACUCUCGGUGAACAUAACUUGAAGAUGGCGCAGCAGCCUAAGUGUAUGAUCAACGGUACUAUGCGCGACUACCAGCUUGAGGGUUUGACUUGGAUGUAUGAGAUUUGUUCUCAGGGCAUGUCCGGUAUUCUGGCUGAUGAGAUGGGUCUCGGCAAAACUGUACAGACUAUUGCGCUCAUCGCUUUGCUCCGUGAGCAGGAGAACUACCUUGGUCCUCACUUGAUCGUUGCACCUCUCAGUACGCUCAGCAACUGGAUGGAUGAGUUUCAUAAGUGGACACCUUCCAUUCCUGUGAUCAUGUACCACGGCACCAAAGAUGAUCGUGAGAAGAUCUUCAGAACCAGCAUGCAGAAGCAUCUCAACAAAGGGCGCCCUACCGCCAAGUUUCCAGUCGUUUGCACGUCCUAUGAAAUGGUUCUCAGAGAUCAACACAAUUUGUCCAAGAUUAACUGGGAGUUCAUCAUUAUUGACGAAGGUCACCGCAUGAAAAACGCAGAGGCCAAACUGUUCCAGCAGCUUCGCCAGUUUUCUUCAGCUACUCGUCUUCUCAUCACAGGUACACCUCUUCAGAACAACUUGAAAGAGUUGUGGUCACUGCUUCACUUCCUCCUACCGAACAUCUUCACUGAUUGGGAGGCCUUCGAAUCCUGGUUUGACUUCUCAGAUCUUGAAGAUGAGCAGGGAACCGAAGAAUUCAUCGCUGACCAAAAGAAGCAAGAACUGGUCAAGAAGAUCCACUUGAUCUUGCAACCCAUGUUGCUACGACGUGUCAAAUCGGAUGUCGCGUCAUAUCUCCCCAAGAAGCGCGAAUAUGUGCUCUUUGCGCCUAUGACGAAGGAGCAGACGGACUUAUACAAUGUUCUUACUAACAAGAAGGUCGAUACUCGUCAGUAUCUCGAGAACAAGGUCAUAGAGAAGCUCAACGCCAGUGCUUCAGCGACACCCAGUGCAAAGUCAUCUCGAUCCAGCAGUCGUGCGCCACCAAAGACCAUGUCCCUCCCAGUGCGCGAGUCCUCUCGUAAGAAAGAGGUCGCACCAGAGGUCGCAUCAGAGGAACCCGAGCCCAACGCCUUCUCCAUCAUGAUGAAGAAGCGCGGUCGCGGAAGGCCACCCAAGAAUCCCAAACCUGCUCAAGCUACCGAAACUCCCAAGAAACCUGGCACAAAGCGCAAGAACCACCCUGUCGCUUUAGAGCCAGAGGCAAAGAGUACAAAGUCAACCCGCGAGUCAACGCCGAUAGGUCGAGGCAGAAGGACAAGGAAGACUCGUACCUACAAGGACGCUGGGUCGGAUGAGGAGAAGAUGUCGGACGAUGAGUUUGAAGCCAAACUUGCAGACGAGAUAGAAUCUGAUGAGGAGGUGGACGACAAAGCGUCGAUGACUCCUGAGGAGCGUGAGCGGGCAGAGACUCUUGAGCUCGCAAAGAAGCAAAUUGCUCAAAAGAAACUUGGCAACCCCCUCGCUCAGUUACGCUUGGUGUGCAACUCACCGCACAAUUUCUACAAUCCCUGGAACGCUUCUACAGAUCUUCCCGUAGACGAUUCCAUCGUAACAGCCUCCGGAAAGAUGCUUCUACUAGAUCGCCUUCUUCCUCGCCUUUUUGAGGACGGUCACAAGGUCCUCAUCUUCUCUCAAUUCACGACCCAGCUAGACAUCCUGGAAGAUUACUGCCGCGAACUUCGCGGCUGGAAAACUUGUCGCAUCGAUGGUUCAGUCGCACAGGAUAGUCGCCGUACCCAAAUCGCCGACUUCAACAACGAUCCUGAUUACAAGAUCUUCCUUCUCUCAACGCGCGCUGGUGGACAGGGAAUUAACCUCGCUUCUGCUGACACAGUCAUUCUAUUCGACUCAGAUUUCAACCCUCAGCAAGAUCUCCAAGCACAAGAUCGCUGCCACAGAAUCGGCCAAACACGCCCCGUGGUAGUAUUCCGCCUUGCAACAAAAGACACAGUCGAAGAAACCCUCCUCAACUCCGCAGACGCAAAACGCCGUCUCGAAAAACUCGUUAUCAAAAAGGGUAACUUCAAAACAAUGGGUCAAAAGAUGGAUAUGCGCGAAGAUCUGGACCCUGAAUCCCUUCGCGCGCUGUUGCUCAAGGACGGACAAGUGUAUAAAGUGUCUGGUGGCGAAGAAGUACUCAGCGAUUCCGAUCUCGAUAUUCUUUGCGACAGAAGUGAUUCUGCGUAUGAGAAGGCUGCGAGUGGAGAGGGCGAUGCUGAUGCUUUCCGCGUUGUUGAGACUGGUGCUGAUUCUAUCAAGAUGGCGCGUAAGGACUAG